ACAGUCUGGGAUGUCGGAGGCUUCACCUGGGAGAAAGAGAUAGGUGGGGCCAGGGUCGUGUUGCACCACAAUAAUAGAGGAAGGUGGAUGACACUGAUUUGCGUUAUGGAAAUCAGCUGAACAAUGUUUAUGAAAAAACAGUCCUGCUAAUCGCUAUCUGUGGUCGGUGGAGCUUCGUGACUGGAGGCUCAGCUCUGGCUCCUAGUUACAAGUCAUUUACAAGAACUCGAGGAGAGUAAUAGCCCGCUGCAGGUUUGAUGCAAAUGUUGGCAUCUGGGAAGCUUCAGGUCUCUCAAUAGGAUUGCUCAUUCGGCUUCCAUCAAAGAUUCAUCAAGAAGAGUGGCAUAACUGGAGUCUGUGAACAUCUAAGUCUGUACAGCGUCAUGGCCAAGGAGAGUGUUCAAUCUGGCCUCACAUGGGAGGUGAGGGCAAACAGCCGCCACUACCACAAACACAAACAGAAGAAAUCCUUCCUGUGCUUCCACUGGGGGCGAUACGCAGAUAAUGUGAUGCGCAGCUACAAGUACACUCCUCUCACUUUUCUGCCAUUGACGCUGUUUGAACAGUUCCAACGAGCAGCCAAUCUCUACUUCCUCCUCAUGACGGUGAUGCAGUCUGUCCCUGUUAUGUCACCCAUACCGUGGUUCAUCACCAUCAUACCGCUGAGCGCUGUACUCUCUGUGAGAGCCGUGAAAGACCUCAGCAACGACAUGGCAAGGAGACGGUCCGACUCUGAAAUUAACUCCCGACCCUGUGACGUACUCAUCUCCCAGAGGUUUAACACAGCACAGUGGAAAGAUUUGUGUGUGGGAGAUGUGUUGCGGAUCCAUAAAGACCAAGUCAUCCCUGCAGAUCUUCUCCUUCUGUGUAGUUCAGAUCCUCACAGUCUGUGUUACGUGGAGACAGCUGAUAUUGAUGGGGAGACCAGUCUCAAAUACCGGCAGGCAGUCAGUGCUACACACAAUGAGCUGACCUCUCACCCCUCAGAGGAAACCCUUGGUGCCUUUGAUGGUGUUGUACUCUGUGAGGAACCCAACAACUGCCUGUACAAAUUCAGAGGUCAGCUCCAGUGGAGAGGAGAGUGUCUUCUCCUGGACAACGAGCAUAUCCUCCUGAGGGGAACAGUCCUACGCAACACAGAGUUUGCCUACGGCUUAGCCAUAUACACUGGCACGGACACCAAGAUCCUGAGAAACUGCGGGAAACAGAAAGUGAAGACGACUCAAACGGAAAAAGUUUUCAACAGAAUGGUGAUCGGGAUAGUCCUGUCCUUGCUGCUAGCAGCUCUGCUUCUUGCCAUUGGCAGUGGUGUGUUUUCGAGUCAGGUCAUGAGCCAGACAUGGGUUCUGUCUGCUCUGGUGGUUAACGGCAAUCCAGUCUACACCGCAUUCCUCAUCUACUGGAGCUACAUCAUCCUUCUCAGUCCAGCUAUGCCCAUAGCACUCUAUAUCUCGUAUGAGGUGAUCCGCACAGUCCACAGCCUGUUGAUUGGCUGGGAUUUGGAGAUGUAUUGGCAGCCUGCAGACAGACCGGCCCAGGCCAGAAAUACCUCACUGACUGAGGAGCUCGGCCAAGUGGGCUACCUGCUGAGUGACAAAACUGGGACACUAACCCAGAAUCGCCUUCUCUUCAGACAGUGUUGCAUAGCUGGGGAGAUCUAUGGUGAUGCAUCAGUCAGGGAAGAGGACAUUGAGCCCAUGGAGUUAAGCUGGAAUCCGUACUCCUGCGGUGGUUUGUCCAUGUCAGCUCCCAGCCUUGUGGAGAAACUCCGAGGACAGCAGUGUCCACUCAGCAGACAGUUCCUUACUGCACUGGCUUUAUGUCAUACUGUCACGGCAGAGUGGAAGGAAGAGACGCCGGUCUACCAAGCUGCAUCCCCAGAUGAGGAGACUCUUGUUGGUGCAGCCAGGGAACUUGGCUGGGUCUUUCUUUCCAGGACGAGAGAUUUUAUCGUCGUCUCCGAGCUCGGUGUCACUCGCCAGUAUCAGCUGCUGGCUGUGCUAGACUUCACCAGUCAGAGAAGAUGCAUGUCUGUACUGGUGCGGGAGCCAGAGGGUGGGUUAAAACUGUACUGUAAAGGGGCGGAUAUAGUGAUCCUGGAGAGACUGCAGAAGGACUGUCCAUAUCAGGAAAGAACUAAAAGAGCCCUGGAGUUGUUUGCUGAGGCCCGUCUGAGGACACUGUGUGUUGCGGUUCGAUCUGUUCCUGAGGCAUCAUGGGAGCAGUGGAGUAAAACUCUUGCAGAGUCUGCUGCCAUGGCGAUCUGUGACCGUGAUGCUCUGCUGGAAAAGCUAUAUGAUCAAAUGGAGAGAGACCUGCAGCUUCUGGGGGUGACAGCGACAGAGGAUCGGCUACAGGAGGCCGUUCCAGAGACUAUUGCACUUCUUCAAGAAGCUGGGCUCAAAGUAUGGGUACUGACUGGAGACAAAAAAGAGACUGCAGUUAAUAUUGGAUAUUCUUGCAAACUACUGGAUCCUGAUACAAGAUUAUUGGGAUGGCAGGAGCUGAGACAGAUACUCGAGUCCCCAGACCCACAGGUCAGUUUCUUCAAGGCCAGACAGACAGAGCUGUGGGCUGUAGACAAGGAGAUGGCUGGUGCAAAGACUUCUGUGGUCCUCACUGGACCUGAGUUGGCAGAGUUUGACCAGAGACCAGAAUGGGGGGCCACAUUCAUGCGCCUGGCAGAAGAGUUUCAGUCGGUGCUAUGCUGCCGUGUAACACCUGCACAGAAGUCUGAAAUUGUCAAACUGGUCAGGAAACACACCAGCUCGGUCACUAUGUCCAUCGGUGACGGCGCCAAUGAUGUAAACAUGAUCAAGACGGCUCAUGUUGGCGUGGGAAUUGCAGGAGUGGAGGGAGGUCAGGCGGUGCAGAAUGCAGACUUUGCAUUGUCCCAGUUCAGGUUUCUGCAGAGGCUGCUUCUAGUCCAUGGCCGCUGGUCCUAUCGCCGCAUUUCCCUCUUCCUGCAUUAUUUUCUGUUUAAGACCUGCAGUUUUGCGCUUGUGCAUAUGUGGUUUGGUAUCUUCAACGGCUUCAGUGCUCAGUCUCUGUAUGAGUCAUGGUUCAUCUCUUUCUACACUGUCUUCUACACAGCGUUGCCAAUUAUGUGUUUGGCUAUUUUUGAACAGGAUGUGAGUGCAGAAAGCAGUCUGAAAUUUCCCGAGCUGUACAAGUUUGGACAGAGACAGGAGCUCUCCAACCCAAUGAUGUUGUCCUUGACACUUCUGUAUGCUGUUUACGCAUCACUUGUUCUCUUCUUCAUCCCGUUUGGAGUUUUCUACGACACAGCCCUUGACUUCCAGACCAUGGCAGUCACUGUCGCCAUGGCAGCCACGUUUACUGCCACAGCUGAGAUUGUGCUGCUGACCAGACACUGGACGAAGUUCAAUAUAGCAGCUGUGUGUGUCUCUGUGCUGCAGUUUUUCAUCUGUACAAGGGUCUGCCACAGCACUCUCUUUUUUCAGAAUUCACCCAGCAACUAUAUCUUUCUCGGAGUGUUUAAUAAAGCCUUCACUGAUCCAGUUGUGUGGCUCACAGCUCUGCUCACCACCUGGACAGCAGGUGUACCCUCAAUGACUGCUCACGCUCUCAGUGUGGUGGUCACCACCCAUGACAAGCACAAGAUCCACAGCAUGACCCGUCAGCCAGUGGAACUGAGGUCACAGUCCAAAAGAGGGACGUCUCGGCGCCGUUCCUCUCACGCUGUCUCUCAGGGCGCCGGGCAUGGACGCAUCAUCACCACAGGGACCAGCAUCUGCAACCUGCCUGGGCAUUAUGAGAAGGUGACUGAAAGUAGUACUGAUUUACUAGGCCAAUAAUGAUGCCCUCAUGGUGCAUGAAUACUGACUAAUUAUUGCUAUUUUUAUAUUGGAAAAUAAGGGGUCAUAUUAAUUGUUACUGCAAUGUAGAAUUAAGCGGUUACUCAUUAUAUUUCUGUAUUUUAGAAAUGUUUUUGGGCUAAUUCUUAUUGUAGCCGUCAUGCUACUGUAUGGCUAUUUUCCAAUAAAGUAAACUAUAUAAUACAUAAAGUA